AGACAACUGGAGUAGAGGCGAAUUGUUAAUAAUAUUCUAUACAGGCAUCUCGUUAUCGACUCGGUUCUAAAGACGGAUUAUUUUUAUUAGGAAGUGUUAACUAACUGUCAGAAGAUUAAACACAGCAACACCUAUCAAAUUAAAGAUGAGUCGCUUGAAGAUCUUGAUAGUUUUUCUUCAAGUGCUUUUGAGUUUUUGUGUUCAAGCACAACCCGUGAUACUUACAACGCAUGGGCGUGUGGAGGGAUUCCGACAGACUGUAUUGGACAUUGACGUGGAUACAUAUUAUGGAAUACCGUUCGCUCUGCCGCCUGUCGGUGAUCUACGAUUUCAACCUCCUGUCGAUGCCAGACCCUGGAACGAUACACGCAAUGCCACAACGAGUCAUAACUCCUGUCACACCGUAAUAGACAUGGCAUUUGGAUGUCGAAAGGGUGUGGAAAUGUGGAACCCUAAUACACCCAUGAGCGAGGACUGUCUGUAUCUCAACGUGUGGAUGCCUCGCGGGGUUUCCUUAUCGACCAAUAAACCAAUGGCAACCAUGAUUUGGAUUUUUGGCGGGGGGUUCUCAAGCGGCACUCCCACACUAGAUGGGUACGAUGCCAAAUAUCUAGCCGCCUUUAACGAUGUGGUCGUAGUCUCGAUCAAUUAUAGAACUGGACCUUUGGGAUUUUUAUAUCUAGGCACGCAAGAUAUACCUGGAAACAUGGGGCUCCUCGAUCAACAACUAGCACUGCGUUGGGUUUUCCAAAAUGUAGAAAAUUUCGGAGGAGAUAAAAGUAUGAUAACACUGUUUGGCGAGAGCGCGGGAGCUGCAAGUACAGGUCUGCAUUUAUUCAGUCCUGGAUCUAAAGAUUAUUUCAGUCGUAUUAUUUUAGAAAGCGGAUCUCCGUUGGCGGAUUGGGUUCUGAUGUCAAACAACGAAGCCGAGGAAAGGGCUCGGAGGUUUUCCAGUAGCGUCGGUUGUGACGUCACUGACAAAAUAGCAGCGUUUAACUGUUUACUGACAAAAGACGCAUCAGUUUUGACUGAAGGACAGUGGAAUGUUGUGGAAGGUGGUUUACUAGAUGUUCCGUUUCCCCCCGUGGUGGAUCGGGAGUUUCUCAUGGACGAACCUCGCAAGCUACUUGCUACUGGUGACUACAAGCAGACAGACGUAUUGAUGGGGGUGGUGAAAGAUGAAGGUUCAUAUUGGCUUUUGUACGGUCUACAGCAAUAUUUUGGUUUAGAAAACAACACAAUUUUAACUCGUUCUGAUUUUAUGACGUGUUUGAAUACGUUGCUCUUCGGAAUGGGCGAGAAAGGGAAAGAGGCUGUUGCUUCCUUUUAUGUGGAUGGUGUACCACCAGUGCUUAGAGACUCAUAUGGCGAUAUCCUAGACGAUAUAUCGGGGGAUAAUAUAUUUAAAUGUCCCGUCAUAGAAUUUGGAAAUAUCAUUUCUAACCGUAGUAAUGUAUAUUUGUUUACAUUUAAUGAAAGGGUUGAAUCAUUGCCGUGGCCGGAAUGGAUGGGAGUACCUCACGGAUAUGAAAUAGAAGUAGUCUUCGGUCAUCCAUUAAACCCAGCGUUGCAGUAUACUCCUUCGGAAAUUGAACUGAGUAAAAGAAUGAUGAAAUAUUGGACAAACUUUGCAAAAACAGGAGAUCCAAACGGUUUAAACCUGGCUGCAUGGCCGAAAUAUAAUGUUACAUCGCAGGAUUACGUUAUUCUCGACUCCAGCACGACUAACUAUAUACAACACGGUCUGCGCACUUCACAGUGUUCCUUUUGGUCUUCCAUAGUUCCAUUAAUACAGAAUACAGGUUUGUAACCAUGGUAGCCAGUUAUUGUUCAAAUCUUGCAUGCUGCUUCUCAACAAUGCUUCGCAUGAUGUCGUUCUCUGCAAACUGUACGAUUGUCAGAACACUCGUACAGAAAUCAGGACUUUAUCCAAAUGAACUAGACAAUUACAGACCCAUGUCAAAUAUUUCGUUCCUUGGCAAACUUAUAGAAAAGGUUGUUUUUAACUAUCUAUCCUAUAUCUCCACGUACUGCAAGUUCCAGUCGACAUUAGCGAAUUCCAUUCCACUGAGACUGCGCUGGUAAAAGUUUUUAAUGCGUUUUAAUCUCAUUGGACAAUCAUCGGUGGAAGCGGACGUAAAAUACAACUAACACUAACUAACUCAUCACGAAGUCGUUCUGGUAAUGCUUGACCUUUCGGUAGUAUUGGAUACCUUCCAAUAGACGCUGCGGAUUCAGUGGUAAAGCCCUCUCUUGUUUUGAAACCUGUUUAGUCGACAGAAAACAAUCUGUAAAAGUAAGCUAUGUAUCAUCAAGACAUUAUUAUUAAGGUAUGGCUUUCCGCAAGGCAGUGUGUUAGGUCCGGGUUUUGUUCAGUCUGUACUGCACACCACUUGAGGACAUUAUAAAGAAGCAUGGCCUUGAUUUCAUGGUUUACGAUUAUGACACCCAAAUCUAUUCUUCAUUCAAAUCUGGAAAAUUGUGUAAUAAUUCACGAGAACAAUGUGUAGAUAAAAUCAGGGCAUGGAUGGCAGCAAACAGACAUGUUUUUAACGACGGCAAGAAAGAGGUAUUCGGAGUAAACCGAUGAGGUUGAGAAGGCGCCCCUCCAAGCCACAUACGCUCACACCAAGGAUUGAAACCACGAUCGUGCGUCAAGAGGUGACAACCCAGGUAGAGCGGGAUACUCUAGACCACUAGGCCAUCUCAACCCACUAGGUCACAAAAAUAUAUAUGUAGAUAAAUUGGUGCUAAAUUAAAUGUGCCUUAAUGUCUCAGAUCUUUACCAUUUUGUUAGCUUUUGUGUGUGUUUUUUUUUUGUUUUAAUAAAAUAAUAAAUAUGACAAUUUAAUCCAUGAA